AUGUGGGAGCUCAUAUCAUGUGAUCAAGUCCGCAGCUUCCGCGUGGAGCUGUAUCAUCUGCUCGGUCCGCUGCCCGUGUGUGAGCUCAUAUCAUCUGAUCGCUCCUGCGUGGGGUUGUGUCAUCUGAUCGGUCCACUGCCCAUGCCUGAGCUCACAUCAUCUGAUCAGUCCACUUACAUGCACAUCAGUACUGCCAUAAUCAGAGUGACAAUUUGGGAUGAAAUACUGGAUUUGGCCAAAUGGAUUAAAACAUUUUUGUUUGGACCCUUUCACCCCUCCGUUAAUGUUUUCCAUUGGUUGGAGUGUGUUCUCUACAAAUAUGUCCCUUCUGAUGCUGACCAACUGGCCAGUGGGCGUCUUGCGGUGACUAUGACCCGUUUGACUGACGGCGAGUGUGUUGUCAUAUCAGAGUUCAACUCUAAAGAGGACGUAAUACAGGCCCUGCUGUGUAGUUGUUUUGUGCCUGGGUACUGUGGUAUGCAGCCUCCUUCCUUCAAAGGAGUAUUUUAUGUGGAUGGAGGCCUCAGCAGCAUGCAGCCUGUACUUAAUGCAACAUGCAAUUCAACCUUAACCAUAUGUCCAUUCUCCGGAGAGACAGACAUCUGUCCCCUGGACACACCCUCCAUGUGGGACAUGGCAGUAAACGGAAUCACCUUAAAGGUCAACAUAGCUAACUGUCUGCGGUUCAUCAAUGCCCUCUAUCCGAUGGCUUUGGAGGUCAGACGCCUGCUGUAUAUAUGUUGUGAAGACUGA